UUUAUAGACUGUUGUAAUUACAAACAGUGGAUUGCAUAUAUGAAAACAGCCUUGAAAAAAGGGAAAAAAAAUAAAGUACAAAAAAAAAAAAGAGCAGAAGUUUGUUUGGACAGGAGAGAAAGGACCGACCACUUCCGGAGACAGACAGUCAGAGAUCUGAUCUGAUGCGCUCUUGGCACCGCCGCUCUUUGGACGAGUUCAUCCAGGCUACAGUGGGAGUGUUUCCAUGCAGCAUUAGCAGGAACAGAUCUUUUGUCACAGUGCGACCACCUGCGCUUGAAAAACCCUGCAAAAGGCGGUGGCUGUCCAGGCGUGAGGAGCUGCAAAAAAAGAAGAAGAAGAAGCUGAGACUCUGAGCAUCUGUGCAGCUAUAUACUCCCACACAAAUGUCGACCGCAGGGGAAGUGCCAGCCUUCUUCAAGAGCAUGGGCUCUGACAGUCCAGCCAGGCCCAGGCAGAAAUUCUGUGGCAUGUUCUGCCCGGUGGAAGGAUCCACCACGGACGGCAAGACGCUCGACUUUGACGGUCUCUCUGCGUGCAGAGGCAAGAGCGACGGCCGAGUCAUCGACCGGCAGACCGACAUCUCCCAGCCGAAGAGGGUGGAGAUCAGGACGAGCACUGGCAAAGAAGCUCUGCAGAAUCUGGAUGAUAAAAGGAGUGACCGUCUCCUGAUCAAAGGAGGGAAGAUCGUGAAUGAUGACCAGUCCUUCUGUGCUGACAUCUAUAUGGAGGAUGGAGUCAUCAAACAAAUUGGGGAAAAUCUCAUCGUGCCCGGCGGGGUGAAAACCAUCGACGCCCACGGCCGCAUGUUGAUGCCGGGCGGCAUCGACGUGCACACACGUUUCCAGAUGCCUGAUCGAGGCAUGGUGUCCGCCGACGACUUCUACCAGGGCACCAAGGCUGCGCUGAGUGGAGGAACCACCAUGAUCAUUGACCACGUGGUUCCUGAGCUCGGCGUCAGCCUCAUCUCGGCCUUCGAGCAGUGGCGCGAGUGGGCCGACAGCAAGUCCUGCUGCGACUACUCGCUGCAUGUCGACAUCACCGAGUGGCACAAGGGCAUCCAGGAAGACAUGGAGGCGCUCGUGAAGGACCACGGUGUCAACUCUUUCCUGGUCUACCUGGCUUAUAAGGAUGUGUUCCAGCUUACUGACGCUCAGGUGUACGAGGUGUUCAGUGUCAUCCGCGAUCUGGGAGCCAUCGCCCAGGUGCACGCUGAGAAUGGAGACAUCGUAGCUGAGGAGCAGCUAAAGAUCCUGGAGCAGGGGAUCACUGGGCCUGAGGGACACGUGUUGAGCCGCCCUGAGGAGGUGGAGGCGGAGGCUGUAAACCGCUCUGUGACGGUGGCCAAUCAGACCAACUGCCCUCUCUAUAUUACCAAGGUGAUGAGCAAGAGUGCUGCUGAUGUCAUCGCCCAGGCCAGGAAGAAGGGCACUGUGGUCUACGGAGAGCCAAUCACCGCGAGCCUGGGAACAGACGGCUCUCACUAUUGGAGCAAGAACUGGGCCAAGGCGGCCGCCUUCGUCACAUCCCCUCCCCUGAGCCCCGACCCGACCACACCAGACUAUCUCAACUCCCUGCUCUCCUGUGGUGACCUGCAGGUGACAGGAAGCGCACACUGUCCCUUUAACACUGCGCAGCGUGCCGUGGGCAAAGACGACUUCAGCUUGAUUCCUGAAGGCGUCAACGGUACUGAGGAGAGGAUGUCCAUCAUCUGGGACAAGUGUGUGGUGACGGGUAAGAUGGACGAAAACCAGUUUGUGGCCGUGACCAGCACCAACGCCGCCAAGAUCUUCAACCUGUACCCCCGCAAGGGUCGUAUUGCCGUGGGUUCAGACGCCGACCUGGUGCUGUGGGACCCGGACGUCACAAAGAUCAUCUCUGCCAAGAGCCACAUCUCGACCGUCGAGUACAACAUCUUUGAAGGCACAGAGGUGCGCGGCGGGCCUCUGGUGGUGAUCAGCCAGGGCAAGAUCGUCUUGGAGGAAGGGACCCUCCACACCACUGAGGGCUCGGGACGCUUCGUCGCUCGCAAACCUUUCCCUGACUACGUGUACAAGAGGAUAAAAGCUCGCAGCAGGCUGGCCGAGCUGAGGGGUGUUCCCAGAGGACUGUAUGACGGUCCGGUCUGCGAAGUGUCAGUCACCCCUAAAACCAUGACUCCUGCCUCCUCAGCCAAGACCUCACCUGCCAAGCAGCCCAACCAGCCCGUCCGUAACCUGCACCAGUCUGGUUUCAGCCUAUCCGGCGCUCAGACUGAUGAUAACAUUCCUCGCCGGAACACCCAGCGCAUCGUGGCGCCACCGGGCGGCAGGGCCAACAUCACCAGCCUGGGUUAGAGCUCAGCCCCUCGGCCGCUAAGGAGGAAAUGGAGAUCGGAGGACGGACGGCCAGAAGGAGCUGAGGGGUCGAGACGCCCCGUCACGACACCGGGAGCCCGAAACCCUUCACAGCACCUGACCGGGCCCAUCCUUCAGCCUCCAUCUUUCACCUCCUCCUUCGCCGCUUUUCACGUACCCGCUCUCCUCCUCCUCCCCAAAACCCGAUCCUAGAGGACACAGUUAGAAAAACAACAAAAAAAGGUCUGCCUCAUAUGAUGAAAAAAGAGAAAACACUCCUUAUUUGAGCACUUUUGACUGCAUUGUUUCAUUUUUUUUAUACCGUUCUUUUCUCCCUGCCAUGUAUCCUUUUGAUGUUUGUUUUUCUGUUAUUUUAAUAGAGGGGUCAAGUGAGACUAAACUGAAUUAACACAGCUUAGAGAAGAGGAACAUUUUCAUGCAGGAUGUCCAUUGUACUUCUUCCUUUUCAUUUUGGGAGUAGUUUAAAUGGCGGUACAAAAACCAGUAUCUUCUGUUCUUGCUUUCCAUGAAUAGGCCAAACAGUCGGUCGCUUGAAAUCGAACAGACUCAGUUUAUUGAAUUGCUUUCUUUCAAGCUGAUGACUGUCUGUGAUUUGUAUUAUGUUGCAUUUCAAUUGCUUCAUGUCGCCAUCUGUCACACACUGCUGCAAUCAAUACCCAAUUGAUUAUUCUCCACGAGGACGGCCUUGAGGUUUGAAAAAUUGCAAAAACACUGCAAUCUUUUAUAGACUCUGGCUGCACUGGCUCUCGUCUCAUGUUUUCCCACCUGUGGUACAUAAGUAAAAAAACAUAUUCCAUAUUUGGCAGCUGCCUUAGAGCUUGUGAGUCUUUUUUUAGCAGAAGGAGCUUUGGCAGGUAGUAAAUGGAGCUUUAUGCCUCAUCUCUGAGUGGGAGAAUUGAAGGAAAGAUUUAUGGAGGAAAGAGAAAGUUGUACUCGCUGUCGCUUCAAACUCAACCUUUCCUUGCCUUAUUGUUUCUUAAUGCCGUCCUAUUGGGGAACUUUUAGAGGUGCGGGGAAGGUGCCAUUCACCACGCAGCUACAUAUUUUCCAUUUGCAUUCCUGUAAAUCAUGAAUCUCCUUAAAAGGUUCCGAUUGCUAACCGUCCCAUCACCAACCAGUGCAUUUUACAUACAGAAUGUUUCUCCUCCUCCUCCUCCAAAUGUGACUGUUUUAUACUCAUCGAAAUCCCCUCUUUCUUUUCUACUCUUUAUGUGCCUAAACCCACAGAAGUUGUACUGAUAGUUUGAUUAUUUUCUUGUUUUUGUUAUUGUUAUUGAGGUAAGUGAAGGAUGUAAGAUAAAAAAAAAGAAGAUGUAAGAUAGCCAGGAAUAACCGAUUCAAAGGUGCCAGAUUUUGCGCUUUCGUAG